AUGAGAGAUCACUUCCAGAGCAAGGAGUUCCGGGGAUACGUGAGCAGCACUCACUUCUGGGGUCCCGUGUUCGACUGGGGCCUUCCGCUGGCUGCCUUUAAAGACAUGAAGGCGUCGUUGGAGAUCAUCAGUGGCCGCAUGACGACAGCGUUCAUCUUGUACUCGGCGAUCUUCAUGCGCUUCGCCUACCGCGUACAGCCUCGAAACCUGCUGCUGAUGACGUGCCACUGUACCAACGUGAUGGUGCAGAGUGUGCAGGCCAGUCGCUACCUACUCUACUACGGCGGCGGCGCCGAGGCUAAAGCCCGCGACACUCCCGUCGCGGCCGCCACCAGCCCGGGUUCCCAGCCCCCGAAACAAGCUUCUUAAGAACUGAGAGGGCCUGAUCUCAUCUCUGCAGGUCACAAGCACUGAACUGUCAUUCCUCCUGAAAAAAGGCCAAUGAAGACCUCGAUUUUGACUCUAAAACAGUGCGAAUCUGACUUAAACCUGCAGUUUGAUUAAUAAAGAAAUACAAAGUAACAUUGAAC